UCACAUACUAGUAUGUGGUUGAUAGAUGGGAGCUUGAACGGAGCCAAACUUUAGCAUGGUUCACGACCAGGCUGCAUUUGAUUCAGAACCAUGCUCUGUAGCGAAUAGUACAGCCGCGGGCCUUCGUCAGGGUUCAAUAUUUUCGAUGAUCAUCCAAAACCUAGCUACUCAUCAGUAUUCCAUCCUUUCCACUUAAAUCCCCGCUGUAAUCCCCAGUCAUGACGUCCAUCCUCGUGGAAAGUAUUACUGCCCCACCUCCUGCGCUGUCUCAUCCCACUGUCCUUCUGAAGCACCCACAAGCACAGCCGAAAUUGCUUAUUCAGUCUAAAGGAGCCAUACAACCGUGGGUCACACAACUCGCACACCUUGCCUCGCAGUACCACCUGAGCGAGUACAACCGUAUAAAGUAUGGCCACCGAGGAUGUCCCAUACCAUAUGCGCCACUAUCACUGAACGCGCCAGACACCUUUCGCGACCUGCGCGUCCAGCAGGCAACAAAUAUGAAUGGUGUACUGUGGUGGCCAUGUCUAGAGGCGCCCUGCGCUACUACACAAGUGAUACCCACUUCCGAACAGUGCAAUGUACUCGUUAACGGAAGUGUGUGUCCUGGCCUCGACCCCCUUCUCCAGAAAGAGCUGAACGCAGCUCUCGAAGAUACCCUUUCGUCGCAAAUACCACCCGCAUCUAUUCACGAAGGCACCCUACAUCGUAGCAUGCCCGUCAAGACGUCUAAAACACAUCCAUUAAAUAUAUCCACCAUUGUACCUCCGGAAUUAUUGCCUGCAGUUUCAUCACAUCUCAUAACCAACCCGGAACCUUCACCUGUCAUCUUCCAUGUACCGGAUUUUUAUACCCUCCAUCGCAUCACAGACUAUACACAGCACGCCACAUCAACAACGAGCCCCAACUCUCUAACAGUUUCACGUAAGGCUCACUCGCGUCGGUCAAGUCGAAUUCCGUUAUCACCACCUAUACCCGCACGUUCGUCUUCUUCGCCAGAACCUAUUUCUCAUACCCCUCCCCUCCCGAUACCCCCAGCGUUCAUGAACCAGCCACCGCAGUCUAUAAUCGAGGCCCUUCAGGCUGCCAUUGACACACGCUUAACGACGCUUGCUACCAAACCUCGUCCUUCGCUCCCAUUCAUCGCAAAGCUUUCCCCUCCCCCUGCUUUAAAACAGACUACCAAAGUUCGUGUGUUAUCAGAUGAUUUAGCGAGCAACCGGUCUUCGUCUGCACACAGAGGGACUUUUGCUCUACCAAAGGUUGUCUUCCCUUCCAUGCUCGACUUCCUCAAUUCUAGCGAACGUGAACAACUCGCCUUUUCGACCAAUGGUUGUACACCGCAGAACGCUAAACUGAGAGCAUCCAGCGCAUUGCACCGUCCAACAUCAAAUAAUCAUGGCAUCAAGCGCUCUUUCAAGCUGGGUAACUUGAUGCUAUCCUCGUGUCCAGGGAAAAAGGUGCGCCUCGCAGGCCCGGUCAGAGGGCGCAGCGCCGUUUGUCGAGAUCUCGACACCGAUCUACGGCGUAUAGCGGGAGUUGGAGCACGCUGUAUUGUCUGCUGUCUAGAUGAUGAAGAGCUCGAGUUUCUUGGAAUACGCUGGUCCGACUAUGUGAGCUCUGCGCACCGGGCAGGAAUGGACAUCCUUCGGAUACCACUGCCUGAAGGCCUUGCUCCACUCUCACCACAGUCAUUAGACGAGUCUCUGACCAAACUCAUAGAGGGAUACACGACGCGUGGUGCAAGUAUCCUCGUGCAUUGUCGCGGAGGCUUGGGCAGGGCGGGUCUCAUAGCAUGCUGCUGGGCACUCAAAAUCGGCUUGUGCGGGUGGAUCAACGUGGACUUGUCACCGAACCCAGCAGAAGGCGCCGAUGGCCUGGAGAGUCACGUGAGGAGAGAUACUUUACAACUCGUCGAGCGCGCGAUCGCUGUUGUGCGGAGACGGCGAAGCGUCAAGGCCAUUGAGACGCUGGAACAGGUCCGGUUUUUGACCGAGUAUGUUGAUUAUCUGAGGGAAGGGGUAGGGCGGGAGAGCCAGCCGUGAUUUUGGCUGGUUUAGUUGGAGAGCCCGCUUUUCGCCCAUACUGUACUACACGAUUGUGAUGACAUUGAGUACAUAAUCCCUACAAAACUUGGACAGGUCCAUUUCGACCACUACAGUACUAGAUAUUCGUGUGUUGUACAUUCUAUUCCCGCUCGGAC